UCUUCACUUUAGCUGGCAGCACAUCUGUGGUGCUUCAGACGACCUUUCUUCAUUUCUUUAUCAAAGACAUGUCUAAAUGCAUUUAGGACAAGAAUCUGUAGCUGCCGGCAUCUUUUUCAAAUACACUGAGCUACAUUGAAAAGGCAAACCAUUAUAUAAUUUGUAAAGAUUAAAUAGUAAGUUAUUUUUGUCAUUUCUUCUAGCUUACUUACAAGGUGAAUUAAUGAGCAUUCUCUCCAAAUGAAGACAUCACAACCUCAUUCCUAACAUAGAAGGUUAGUUAUUUCAAAUACAGUUUCAGUGGGUAAAGGAGGAGGCUCAUUCUUUCACCAGGGGACACAUCCAGGAGGAGGAGGUAUGCCUGAGUGAAGCACAGCUUCAGCACCAAUUCCAGGAAACUCUUUGGCAACAUCACCACGUCGGAUCCAUCAACUUCACAGGCUAAAAAUGCCACUUUUUGGCUGGAUGAAAUGGCCAAAAUACAAUUCCUACAAAUCCACACACUACCCUGACUCAGAAGUAGUGACAAAGACUCUGCUUCGGGAAUUAAAAUGGCAUCUAAAGGAACGAGAGAGAUUAAUACAAGAGAUCGAAAAUGAGCAAAAAGUGAAAAAAACAAGUGUGGAUUACAAUUGGCUGAGAAACUAUCAGAAUCCCCACGCAACCAUCCCAGCUACUGAACAAAGACAACUUGAAGUUCUUUGCUCACAGGUUCAACCUUGUCAAACUGGAGCUAUUCUCAGCAGAUUUCGAGAAGUUCUGGCAGAAAAUGAUGUACUGCCAUGGGAAAUUGUCUACAUCUUCAAGCAAGUUCUGAAGGACUUCUUAAGUAGUACUGACAAAGGCAGUCAGCAAGAGGGCCUGGAAGAGUCACAGAGCACAGCCUGUCCUGUUCGCUCCGUGAUCCCAGGAGAAAGCUCCAAGAGUCCAGACAAGGAUGAAAUACCCACUAUUUCAAGUUACGUAGACAAAAACACAAAGAACAGGUUCCCAACAUUCUCACAUAGGAUAUGGAACCUACCAUAUUAUUACCCAUCAAGUUAAAUUACUUGUAACCAGAGGAGUUUUUGACAGUCUUAGUAUCAGAACCCUUAAUAUUAAGAAAAAGAGAAAGUGAUGUGACUUAAUGCUACUCUUUGUUGCAAGAUCAGAAGUUAAAAUUCCCGUGGAUGUAGCCUGUUUUAAACAGUGUUCCUUUUUUAACCACUCUAAAAAUGCAAUGUUUUCAUUGAACAGUAUGCUUUUAACUAAAGUGUUUCCUAAAUAUUUUCAAAAAAUGUUUGAAGUAUUUUCUUAUACCUCAAACACAUCCCAACAGGAACUAAGGCAUUUUAUUUUGAAAUAUGAAAUAUGAAAUUUGUAUGAAAGUACCAAGUAUGAAAUUCGAUAAAUUAACUUUGACAUUAACUUUGCUUUUAUUCUAAAGGGAAACUGUAUAGAAUAAAAUAAA